GUUUAAAUGUGGACGUCAGAGUUUAGCCUAACUGAUGACGUAGGCUUGGAGGAGCGUCCGCGAGUCCGAUGUAUUUGUACAUAUUGUUCACGGACUUUUCGAAAACUAGAACAGGCAUGAUGUCGACAACUAGAAGAAAAAGAGCUUUCCGCGCCUAUUUGUAACGAGUAGCCUACAAAAUAAAGAGUUGGCUGUAACAAACGGUUGGUCAAGCUCUGUUAUGAAUUAUUGCUGAUCAGGGAGCCUUCAACCUGUCACUGCAACAUUUUGUUUACAGCAACGAGGAACACUUUCAGUUCUCCAGUAUUCUAUUCUCAGGUCUAAUCCGAACCACCAAACCCACCUCCCGCCAGUCUCAUGUGGCAAGGAAUCGGAAUGGACGCACUUCCUGGACGGAGUAAAAUAUGAAAUCUCGGGUUGUUUUUAUAUCCGUGUUGUUGCUGUUGUGGUGUCACUGUCGCUAUGUCUUGGGCUCCGGUGAGUCUGGUACCGGGAUAGUUCCGUUUCCAGACCGAUCCGCCGACGGUGCUGACCUGCUCUCCUCUGUGGGUCCCACGGUGGGCACGCACUCCGCGAUGUUACGUCAGGGAAACACAGACGAGGUUAGUCUGGUAACUAAUUAGAUUUCAACCAUAAAUCUCAAUUAUUGCAACUCAAUUUCCCCGACAGCUGCAUCCUGAAAUUGUUAUUUUAAAUCUUGUUGAUUUGAUUUGCCAUGUUUGGUGGUGUUGCGCAAUAGCUGCAGAACUGGCCAACUAUUCAAGUAGGGCAUGCGCUUGUUGUAUCUGGUCUCGUGACCGUUGUUUGUGUGGGCAAACUUUUUGCUUUAAGUUCAAUUUGAUAUUAUUUUCGACUGUUUUAAAUCCAUCUCUCAUUUCCUUCAUCUGCACUGCAGUGAAAGAACAAAUUACAUCCACCAUAUUGUUAUGUUUCACUUUUACAUUAAAAUUUUAGUCAUUUAGCAGACGCUCUUAUCCAGAGCGACUUACAGGAGUGAGUGCAUUCAUUUCAUACUUUUUUCCCCUUCUCCGUACCUGUGUGUUCUGCUCAGUGCAGUAGAUAAUUGGAUGAAGAUGUAUUUAUUUGAAAGCUUCCCCUCCCCUCUCUCCUCCAGUGUGAUGUAGUAAUUAAGUAUUUGUGUGUGUCUUUCAGUGUGACAUUGUGAUGAAUCUGAGUGCUGUUGAUCGCUGUGCGUUUGUGAAGGCCACUCCAGACUGCAGUAUGGAAGACAGCUUCAUCAACUACCUCCAAUUGGCCUUCUGUCUACUACCACCCAAUCUCACACCCCUCACCAUCACACUCUGCGUAAGCACACUGUGUGUGUAUGUGUGUGUGUGUGUGUGUUGUGUGUGUGUGUGUGUGUGUGUGUGUGUGUGUGUGUGCGUGUGCGUGCUUGCAGACCAUUAUUACAUGCAUUAUUACAGGCAUUAUACACACAUUUCUCAUUAGCAAGUGUUCUUAACCAGAAUGACCUACAUGCAUUCAAAUAAGGAAUCUGAAGCAACCUCAAUAGGGGCUAGUAUCAUGAACAUGAAUAAACCCAGAAGCUGCCACUUCCCCCUGUUCUGAGUAGGGCAUCCUCUAACUGAGCCAUGCAGUAAAACUCAUGAAUCAGGGUUUAACUGAGGAUUUCUCCUCACAGUGCUGAAUUAGUCUGGGUUACUUAGGUCCAGACUGUAUUUACAGCAUAGGCUCAGUAGUGCACACUUUACACUGUGUUUACCCCAUAAACCUAGUAGUAUAUACUAGUUAUUUUUUGGGGGAGAAAGAGAUGCAACACCUGCUUGUCGAUAUGAAAGUUAUUUUAUGAAACACAGAUAUUUCAGCCAUGUCAGAAAACUAACCUUUCAUCUCUCUCCCCUCCUCUACAGAUGAUCUGGUUGUUCAUCUUGUUCAUAGUUCUCGGACUGACUGCGUCAAAGUUGUAAGUUUCUCUCACAUUUUCUGUUUAUAAUAUAUCUUUACUGAACAUGAGUUUCGUAACACUCUCUCUCUCUCGCUCCCUGUACACUGGCUGUAAAGAGACAGGUAUUGUUUGUAGUUGUGUUCUGCUGACUCCAGAGUUACAACAGUAUUAUCUCCAGCAGUUCAAGUUGAUGUGAUCACAUGGGCCUAGUCACUUGACCACCGGAGAUAAGUGUGUCAUGGUUAAGGUGUGUGUGUGUCUAGUGUUUUUCUCUCAGGGAGAUAAGAGUUGCAGUGCUUCUGUUCACCUCUAACGUUUGUGAUCUGGUCAUGUGAUUGAUCACAUGUAUCACAGACAAAGCAAACAUCCUUUGUGUUUGAACAGUGAAAGCAGAAGCAGUGGUAUCAACCAAUGAAUAGAGCACUGUUUGAUUUAAAAUAAACGGCACAGAAAUAUUUGGACAGUGUUUGGACUCUGUGAGGGUGUGUUCUAUGUUAGCUAUUGAUUGAUUGAAGGUGUAUCUUUGUGUUUAUUCUCUCUGCAGCUUCUGUCCCAACCUCUCAGCCAUCUCCUCCAGCCUUCGACUCACACACAACGUGGCUGUAUCCUUCUACAGGCCUCACACACACACACACACACACACACACACACACACACACACACACACACACACACACACACACACACACACACACACACACACACACACACACACACACACAGUACACAUACACACUGUAUCACAUGCAAAAAAAUGUCAUGCAGUUUGCUUUAAAUGUGCUUAAAUAAUCACCAUUGUCACACACAGACACACACAUACUCACAAACAAACUCUAUUCCAGUACCAGAAGUGUUUUCCCUAACUGUGUGUGUCAGGGUGUGACUUUCCUGGCACUAGGUAAUGGAGCUCCGGAUGUCUUCAGUGCCACUGUGGCCUUCUCCCGACCACACACCGCUGGCCUGGCUAUAGGAGCACUGUUUGGUACAUGCACCACACACACGCACACACACACGCACACACACACACACACACACACACACACACACACACACACACACACACACACACACUGCCUGGCUAUAUGUGCACUGUUCAGUAAACACACACAGAGUUUAAUCCCUCGCUCCCUCCGUUCAUAGGAGCAGGUAUCUUCGUAACCACGGUGGUCGCCGGGGCUGUGUCAUUGGUCAAACCCUUCACUGUAGCAUCCCGCCCCUUCCUGCGGGAUGUCAUCUUCUACAUGGCUGCAAUCUUCUGGACCUUCAUCAUCCUCUACAGAGGAACUAUAUCACUGGGAGAGACACUGGGUACACACACACACACAGACAGUUUGGUUAGAGUGUGUUAGAGUUGAAUAAGAGUUGCGUGAGGGUUGCGGCAGCCCACAUUCAACAUUACCCUGGGAGCUAUACAACACCAGACGUUUCACUAUUGCUGGUUCAUUCAUCAGUCAUGCCUCUGUGUCUGUCAAGCUUGAAUCCAGUCAAUAUAUUACUGACAUAGACACUGUGUUCAGUGUACUUCAGAAAUUAGAAGGACUAGUUACGCUGAGAUGGAUGGGGUGGAAUAAGAAUAAAGUGUUUGUCGGUGUUUCUCUCUGUAGGGUACCUGGGGCUGUAUGUGGUGUAUGUGAUAACAGUCAUUGUGAGUGCCUACAUCUACAGUCAUCAGAAACACUCAGCAACCAGAAGUUCUGUCCAGAGCUCAACACACGUACCAGGUGACACACACACACACACACACACACACACACACACACACACAAACAUAUUAUGUUCUUCUAUCCACGUGGGGACCUAAAAUGUGUUUCCAUUCAAAAUCCUAUUUUCCCUAACCCUAAACCUAAGCCUAACCCUUACCAUAACCCUAAUCCGUAACCCUAACCCAAAUUCUAACCCUAAUUGUAGCCCUAACCCUAAACUUAAAAUAGCCUUUGUCCUCAUGGGGAUGUGGGAAAUGUCCCCACAAGGGAUAAUUUUCCUUGUUUUACUAACCUUGUGGGAACUUUUAGGGAUCUUAGGUCCCCACAAGUAUAGAAGAACCAGCAUACACACACACACACACACACUCACACACACACACCCUGUGUGUCUGACAGUUGUAUCUCUCUGCAGAGCUCCAGACGUCUGAGUCAGAUGAUGCUGGUCCUCUUUUAUCUAAUGGCAGCAUCCAGGAGGGCUAUGGUAACAACCACAGUCACUGUGCACAUUCCACUAAGUUACACCUCUGGGGUGUGCUACGAGAACCAAUCCAGUCGAGUGUGUGUGUGUGUGCGUGUAUAGAUAGUGAGUACCGUCCCCUGAUCCCCUACUGUGAGUCGACCAGUUCCAUCCUGCUGAGUUCUCUAAACCCGGUGGACAGCAGGACCUGGAGGAGGAAGACCUGGCGCUGGAGGGCUGUGAAAAUACUGAAGGUGUGUGUGCAUGAAUGUAUGUGUAUGUUUUUCUGUUUGCAGAUCUGAAUGUGUGUCUUUGCACUUUUUAUUUGCAGAUCUGUAGGAAUUAGGGUUAAGGGUUAGGGGAAUGGACAAGGGUUGGAAACAGAGCUAAAGCUUGUGGUUGUUUUUGGACAGGAGCAUCAGUGUGAAUUUUGAGUGUGAGUUGUUGCUGAGCUGCAGUUCCUCCCCUGUCCACUAGAUGCCACUGGAGGUACUGCUGCUGCUGACUGUUCCAGUGGUGGAUCCUGACAAAGAAGACAGGAACUGGAGAAGACCAUUAAACUGCCUCCACCUUAUCACUGCGCCGCUGGUGUGUGUGCUCACCUUCAGCUCCGGAGAGUGUAAGUCUGCAUGCCUGUGUGUAGUCAAAUAACCUUAAUCUCUAUUCAAUAAGAUGUGACAUCCUCUCCAGAGGAAGUGGGCUAACCGACUGGACUGGUGUUCUCUCUCUCUCUCUCUCUCUCUCUCUCUCUCUCUCUAUAGACGGUUUGUAUCUGAUUGAGGGUCAGUUUCCUGUCUGGGCGUUGACGUUGCUCUUCGGCCUCUUCCUCUCCGCCAUAGUCUUCCUCACCACUUCUAACGACCACCCCCCAGCAUACCACUCAGUAAGACACAUGUACACAUUAGUUCACUCUGUAGCUGUUGUUGUUUCUGCUAGGUGUUGUGGUAAGUGUUUGUAUAAUGUGUGUGUUUUCUCCAUAGGUGUUCUCUCUGCUGGGCUUUGUGGUGAGUGCGAUGUGGAUCAGUGCAGCAGCCUCGGAGGUGGUCAGUAUCCUGCACAUGCUCGGUGUGGUCCUUAGUCUGUCCAACAAUUUACUGGGUCUCACACUGCUGGCCUGGGGAAAUAGCAUUGGUGGUGAGACACACACACUGCGGUUACCCCUGCACUCACCUACUAAAUAUACAACAGAAGACAGACAGCUUGCUUACUGUAGUGUUGACUCUGUUUGUUUCGGUUUCUAGAUUGUUUUUCUGACAUCACCAUCGCUCGCCAGGGCUAUCCUCGGAUGGCAUUAUCAGCCUGCUUUGGGGGAAUCAUCUUUAGUAUCCUUUUGUGUGUCUGCUGGACGUGUGUUUGUGCAAGUUAAAUGCGAGUAUGUGUGUGUUGUUUAUGCCUGUGAAUGUGUGUACCUGUGCUACGUGUAGGCCUAUGCAGUCAUGUGUGCAUCAUGUUUCUGCCCUUGACCAUGUUCCUUUCAGACAUGCUGAUUGGAGUGGGCAUUGGCUGUCUGAUGCAGAUGUUUAACAACGAGCCAGUGGUGACGGUACGUCUGCUCUUAGCUUCAGUACCAUUAACCUCAUAUAUAUUACCGUUCAAAAGUUUGUGGUCACUUAGAAAUGUCCUUGUUUUCGAAAGAAAAGCAAUUAUUUUGUCCAUUAAAAUAACAUCAAAUUGAUCCGAAAUACAGUGUAGACAUUGUUAAUGUUGUAAAUGGCUAUUGUAGCUGGAAACGGCUGAUUUUUAAUGGAAUAUCUACAUAGGCGUACAGAGGCCCAUUAUCAGCAACUAUCAGUCCUGUGUUCCAAUUUAUACAGAUACCUUUAAAAAAAAGUAGGGACGUGGAUAAAAAAACCAGUCAGUAUCUGGUGUGACCACCAUUUGCCUCAUGCAGCGCGACAUCUCCUUCAUAUAGAGUUGAUCAGGCUGUUGAUUGUGGAAUGUUGUCCCACUCCUAUUCAAUGGCUGUGCGAAGUUGCUGGAUAUUGGCAGGAACUGGAACACACUGUCGUACACGUCGAUCCAGAGCAUCCCAAACAUGCUCAAUGGCUGACAUGUCUGGUGAGUAUGCAGGCCAUGGAAGAACUGGGACAUUGCACACGCCCUCAAAACUUGAAACAUCUGUGGCAUUGUGUUGUGUGACAAAACUGAACAUUUAAGUGGCCUUUUAUUGUCCCCAGCACAAGGUGCACCUGUGUAAUGAUCAUGCUGUUUAAUCAGCUUCUUAAAAUGCCACACCUGUCAGGUGAAUGGAUUAUCUUGGCAAAGGAGAAAUGCGCACUAACAGGGAUGUAAACAAAUGUGUGCACAAAAUUUGAGAGAAAUUAGUACGUAUGAAUUUUUUGUGGGAUCUUUUAUUUCAGCUCAUAAAACAUGGGACCAACACUUUACAUGUUGCGUUUAUAUUUUGGUUAAAUUUAUUUAUAUAUAUAUAUAUAUAUAUAUAUAUAUAUAUAUAUAUAUAUAUAAAUAUAUAAAUAAGCUGUUUGUAAUUGUCUGUAAUAAGAAUUUUGUAGAGGUAGUGACAGAGAAAUGUCUUUGUCUGAAGUGCAUAGGACAGUUUUAUUAGGAAAUAAAUGAAAAAGUGUAUGAAUGAGAGAAUAGAAGCAGUCCCAGUAUUGAACCCUGUGGUACACCUUUUUCAGUUCACAUAAAAUUGGACUGAUACCCCGGUAUUGCAACAGCUUGAUUUUAUUUGCGUGUUAAAAUGUGCCAAUGAAGGUUAGUUUCUAAUUUAUUUUCUCCACCCCCCUCUCGCUCUAACCCCCAACCCUCUCCUCUACACCACCCAGUUGGAACCAGAGGGUUUGUUGACCUGGGUUCUAGCAGGUUCUCUGGGUCUCUCUCUGGUCUUCUCCUUCAUCCUAGUUCCUCUGCGUUGUUUCCACCUGGGCCGGGCAUAUGGAAUCUUCCUUCUGCUCUUCUACGCAGUCUUCCUCCUGGUUGCGCUGCUCACGGAGUUCGGCUUUAUCCACACCUGA